UUUUUUUCCUGCAGCGCGCUUGCUCUCAGCAUCUUUCCUGGAAUUUUUUUUUCUUCCCUCCUGCUGUUGGCUGAACGGCAGAAAGGGUGGGGCCGCGUCUCUGCAGUAGAGACGGCGGCGACCGCGGCUGCAGCAUCCUUGAGCGCCUCGGCGGCAGCCAUGCUCGGCCUCCGCAGGAGGUGAUCGCCUUUGAGCCCCUUUGGGUGGCCAGCUCGGAGCGGACCCCCCGAGGACGGGAGACCCCAAAGCUGCGUCGGCGGACCCUGCCGCGCCGGUCUGCCUCCGCGCCAUGGCUUAAGCCCGCAGCCACCACCUCUCGCCUUGUCGCCUGGCUCGGCCGGGGUCUGCGCGCCGCCGCCGCCGCUGCAGCAGCUCCAGGGAGGGGCGCGUCCCAGACACCGCGUCCCUCGCCCUUCGCUGCCCGCUGCAGACUGCGCGCCCCAGAUCUUUGCAGCCUCUCCGGGAGGUCCUGACAGCAGCAGCGGGCGAUCGAGGGACUGAACGGACUUGGAGCUCAGUGACAGCUCGGCCUGCCCGACCUUCCCGGGUGCUCUCAGCGGGUAGCUAGCUAGCUCCAUCCCACCCCGGGGCGCGGCGGGCUAGCUGGCCUAGUUGAGGUUCGGGGAGAAGCCCGGAGGGGGGCAAUAAAAUCCGAGACUUAUUUCAGAACCCCCCAAAGCAAGAAGGGAGGGUCGGCUUUGCAGCGUUCGCAUCAUGGCGUGGCCGUGCAUCACUCGGGCCUGCUGCAUCGCCCGCUUCUGGAACCAGCUGGACAAGGCGGACAUCGCCGUGCCCCUGGUCUUCACCAAGUACUCGGAGGCCACCGAGCACCCCGGAGCCCCGUCGCAGCCGCCGCCGCCGCCGCCGCCGUCGCUGCAGCAGGCGCAGCCGGCUCCCGGGCCCCCCUCGGCGCGCACCGUCGCUAUAGAGACGCAGCCGGCCCAGGGGGAGCUGGAUGCGGUUGCCCGGGCAACGGGGCCGGCGCCUGGACCGAGCGCGGAACGCGAAGGCGCGGGCGCCCAUGGCCGGGCUCCCGGGGCGGGCUCCGGCCCGGGCCCGGCCGACUCGGUGAUGCGGCAGGACUACCGCGCCUGGAAGGUGCAGCGGCCCGAGCCGAGCUGCCGGCCGCGCAGCGAGUACCAGCCUUCGGACGCGCCCUUCGAGCGCGAGACUCAGUACCAGAAGGAUUUCCGCGCCUGGCCGCUGCCGCGCCGCGGGGACCACCCGUGGAUCCCCAAGCCCGUGCAGAUCCCCGCCGCGGCCCCGGCCCAGGCGGCGGCUCCCGUGCUCGGGGGCGCUCCCCGGCGGCGGCCGCAGAGCCAGGAGCGCUGGCCGGUGCACCAGGCCGCCGAGGCUCCCGAGCAGGACGCGGCCACCAGCGGGCCGGGGGGCCCUGCGGCGGCCGGGAAGCCAUCCGGAGGGGAGGAACGCGACACGCGCAGGAAGGCUGGGGCCGCCUGGAUGGUGCGUCGCGCCGAGGGCCUGGGGCCAGACCAGCAGGACCCCGUGCAGGCCCCGGCCCAGCCCCGCGAGACGGGCAAGGCGCGCGCGGCGGCUGAUGCCCUCAACAGGCAGAUCCGAGAGGAGGUGGCGACUGCGGCCGGCAGCUCCUACAGGAAUGAAUUCAGAGCUUGGACCGACAUCAAGCCUGUGAAGCCCAUCAAGGCCAGGUCUCAGUACAGACCCCCAGGAGAUAAGAUGUUUCAUGAGACCAGCUACAGCGCCCAGUUCAAAGGGGAAGCUAAUAAGCCAACGUUGACUGAUAAUAAGGUUAUUGAUCGCAGGAGAAUACGCAGCCUCUACAGUGAGCCUUUCAAGGAGCCUCCAAAGGUGGAGAGACCUAGUGUCCAGAGUUCCAAACCAAAAAAGACCUCAGUGAGCCAUAAGCCCCAGAGGAAGGCCAAAGACAAGCAAGUGGUGUCGGGUCGGGCGGCCAAGAAAAAGAGCGCCGAGGCCAGCACCACUCCUGCCGCCGCCAAGGAGCAAAGUAAAGAGAUGAACAAUAAACUGGCUGAGGCAAAAGAGAGUCGCGUGGAGCCCACCAAGGACUCAAGUAAGAAUCGAGGUCCGGUAGCCACGGAGCCAAGUCCAGUGGUCCCAGCACCUCUGAAAGAUCAAGGGCCUGGAAUCCAACAGCCUCCAAAGAACAAAGGCCCCCUGGAGCUUCUGAAAGAGCCAGGUCCUGUGACCCCAGGAUCACUAAAGGAUCCAGGACCCAAAGUCCUGGCAUCAGUGAAGGAGCAAGAUCGCCCGAUACCCGAGCCUUUAAAGAAUACAGGUCCUGGGAUCUUGGCACCCAUCAGGGAGCCUCCAAUGAAUCAAAGUCCUGCGGUUGCAGCAGGGAUUAAGGACCAAGGUUCCUUGGCCCAAGAGCCUCCCAAGAACCAAAGUCCUCCAGUUUCCACACCUAUCAAAGAUCAAGGGCCUGUGGUACCAGGGCCUCUGAAGGAUCAAAGAAUCACAGUCACUGCACCUGGAAUCAAGGAAGACCCCAUGAAGAACCAAGGUGGAGGGGUCCUGGAGCCCCAGAAAGAUCGCAAUGUGGCAGCAGUGAUAUCUACAAAGAACCAGGACCCUGUGGUCCCCACACCAGUCAAAGACCAGGGCCCUGUGAUCUCUACACUAAUCAGAAAUCAGAGUCCUGUUAUCUCUACACUAAUCAGAGAUCAGAGUCCUGUAGUCCCUGCACUAAUCAGAGACCAGGGCCCUCUGGUCUCCACAGAAAUCAAAGACCAGGGCCCUGUGGUCUCAGCACUAAAGAAAGACCAGGGCCCUGUGGUCCCAGAACCUCCAUGGAAUCAAGGUCCUGUGGUCCCUGAGUCCAUAAAGAGUCAAGUUCCUAUAAUUCCAGUGCCUCUUAAAGGUCACGAUCCUCUGGUGCCACCAGCAGCAAAGGACCAAGGUCCUGUGGUCUCUGAGCCACUGAAGAUUCCAGGCCCUCGUGGCCCACAGCUGCCCACUGUCCCACCUCCACCCCCAGUCAUGAUCCCAACUGUCCCCCAUUCAGAAUAUAUCGAGGGUUCCCCUUGAGGCCCACCCCUUGACAUGCCAAGGAAGGAGCUGGUAGUGAAAGUGCUCCCGCCAGGGGCAGCGGAGAUACAUAUUUAAUCUGCAUGAAACAUGUAUUGUAUAGUCUUGCUGGAAUCUAAUAAAAUUGGUCCCUCUGGCUCAUCAA